CACUCCACUCGAGCACCACCGCUACUACUCGAGAUGUCAUCCCAGACAAUAUUAAAAUCCGGCCCCGAAGGAAAGGACACGGUGAUCGUGGCGAGCCGCGAGGCGCUGUCGGCGCCCAGCUCUGUAGUGCUGCCCGAGCCGCAGGCGGCGCCCGGCCUCAUCCUGCCCGACGGCUCCAUCAACUGGGGCUGUCCCUGCCUCGGCGGCAUGGCCACCGGACCUUGCGGGACGCAGUUUCGAGACGCAUUCUCAUGUUUCCAUUACAGCGAGGCGGAUCCGAAGGGCAGCGACUGCUACGAGAAGUUCAGCGUGAUGCAGGACUGCAUGGCGCGGUACCCCGAGCUGUACGGGAAGGACGACGACGACGACCUCGCCGCCGCGCUCGAGUCCUCGGCCAAUGACCCCGCGCCGCCCUCGACCCCCUCGACCCCCGCGCCCCCCCCGCCCCCCUCGCACCCCGCACACCCCGCGGACGCCUCCCCGGCCGCCGCCGCGUCUUCGUCACACUAA